CCCGUGUGAGUUGCAAAGCCCGAAGUGACCCCUCCCUCUGUGUGUUUUGUCCCAGAUGGACCCGUCGUCCCCGCCUUUCCUGCUGGCCAAGCUGACCCCGCUGCACUCGGAGCAGCUCCUGCAGGGUCUCAACCUGCUGCGGCAGCACCACGAGCUGUGUGACGUGGUGCUGCGAGUAGGCGAGGCCAAAAUCCACGCGCACAAAGUGGUGCUGGCCAGCAUCAGCCCCUAUUUCAAAGCCAUGUUCACGGGCAACCUGUCGGAGAAGGAGAACGCCGAGGUGGAGUUCCAGUGCGUGGACGAGGCGGCGCUGCAGGCCAUCGUGGAGUACGCCUACACCGGCACCGUGUUCAUCUCGCAGGACACCGUGGAGUCGCUGCUGCCCGCGGCCAACCUGCUGCAGGUCAAGCUGGUGGUCAAGGAGUGCUGCGCCUUCCUGGAGAGCCAGCUGGACCCCGGCAACUGCAUCGGCAUCUGGCGCUUCGCCGAGACCUACGGCUGCCACGAGCUCUACCUGGCCGCCAGCAAGUUCAUCUGCCAGAACUUCGAGGACGUGUGCCAGACCGAGGAGUUCCUGGAGCUGACGCACUCGGAGCUGGACGAGAUCGUGUCCAACGAUUGCCUGAACGUGGUGACGGAGGAGACGGUGUUCUACGCCCUGGAGGCCUGGGUCAAGUACGACGUGCAGGAGCGCCAGAAGUACCUGGCUCAGCUGCUGCACUGCGUGCGCCUGCCCUUGCUCAGCGUCAAAUUCCUCACCCGCCUCUACGAGGCCAACCACCUGAUCAGGGACGACCACACGUGCAAGCACCUGCUCAACGAGGCCCUCAAGUACCAUUUCAUGCCCGAGCACAGACUGUCCCACCAGACCAUGCUGCUGACGCGGCCCCGCUGCGCCCCCAAGGUGCUCUGUGCCGUGGGGGGCAAGGCCGGGCUCUUCGCCUGCCUGGAGAGCAUGGAGAUGUAUUUCCCCCAGAAUGACUCGUGGAUUGGGCUGGCCCCUCUGAGCAUCCCCCGCUAUGAGUUCGGUAUCUGCGUGCUGGAGCAGAAGAUUUACGUGGUGGGAGGCAUCGCCACCCACGUGUGCCAGGGCAUCAGCUACAGGAAACACGAGAGUUCUGUGGAGUGCUGGGACCCUGACACCAACACCUGGAGCUCCCUGGACAGGAUGUUUGAGAGCAGAAGCACGCUGGGUGUGGCCGUGCUGGCUGGCGAGCUCUAUGCCCUGGGGGGCUACGAUGGCCAGUCCUACCUGAGGAGCGUGGAGAAAUACAUCCCCAAGGUCAAGGAGUGGCAGCUGGUGGCCCCCAUGAGCAGGACACGGAGCUGCUUUGCUGCUGCUGUGCUGGAUGGGAUGAUCUAUGCCAUUGGGGGCUCUUUUCCUGCCCACAUGAACAGCAUGGAGCGCUACGAUCCGAGCAAGAACUCCUGGGAGACCGUGGCCUCCAUGGCUGACAAAAGGAUAAACUUUGGGGUGGGGGUCAUGCUGGGCUUCAUCUUCGUGGUGGGGGGACACAAUGGGGUGUCCCACCUGUCGAGCAUCGAGAGGUACGACCCCCACCAGAACCAGUGGACGGUGUGCCGGCCCAUGAAGGAGCCCAGGACAGGCGUGGGCGCGGCCGUGAUCGACAACCAGCUCUACGUGGUGGGGGGACACUCGGGCUCGUCCUACCUGAACACGGUGCAGAGGUACGAGCCCAUCUCGGACUCGUGGCUGGACUCGGCGGGGAUGCUUUACUGCCGCUGCAACUUCGGCCUCACGGCGCUCUGAGGAUGCUGAGCGCUCACAGCCACAGCUCGGGCGGCCUGAGCUGACCCUGCUGAGCCCGAGCUGAGCCCGGAGCUGAGCCCGGAGCUCAGCCUGGCACGGGAGCGAGGAGGGAGCCGCUCCUGCCCCGCUAUCCUUUGUCCCCGCCGUGGCAGAGGGCGGGGAGCUGAGCGUGUCCCGCUGCCUUUGGCACCCUGCUGGUGGCAGUGGCUUUGGGAGAGAGCUGGGAUCCAGGUGGGAAUUUGUCCAUCCGACCCUUCCUAGAGCUUUUGUCUCUUCCUCCUCCGGAGUGUGGAGCUCCCCGUGCUGGGGGGAGCUGGCUGAGUGCAGGGCUGAGUGCAGGGGUGCUGGCCCCUGCCCGUGUCUGCACGUGGGGUUUUUUAUGACCAGUAACUCAAGGGCUGCCUUGUUUCUGUAUCUCAAGGUUUGUACAUAAUAAAUGCCAUAGGAUGUUGCCUGUACUCUCCUUUGUCACCUGCUUCCUGUUAGGAGGGCUGGGAUGAUCCUUGGACACAUUUACAAGGCGAAUUUAUUGCCUGCUCGGGACGUUUUUUUGGAUCUGAUGGAGAGAAUUUGCAUUUUUAACUUUUCCCUUCUGUUUUCUUCAUGUGGAGAAACCAGUGCUAGAUGAACUGACUUCAUCCUGCUGUGUGUUUUCAGUUGGAAUGCGAGGACAAAUCACAGCAGCAGCACUCCCAGCAUGGUACCCAAUCAAACCUCCAAGCCAGCCCAUCCCAUCCUUCUCCCCUGUCUGUUUUCCCCCUUUUUUUCAAGGAUUGUGUGAUUGCUUUCCCCGAGUGUUCCCAUCUCACAAUGGUGCUAAACGUAGGGCUUCCCCCGAGGCUGUUCUGUUUUCAGUGCAUAAAGCAUGUUUGGAUUGUU